UUUUGUCACUAGCAAGACACAAAGACAUGAGAAGCAAGACUCCACGCCUCCCACACCUUUCUCUCUCUAGUUCUGCGUCUUCUUCUGCUCUUUUUUUUUUUUUUGUUGCCAAUUUGUUCCAGUCUGGUCAUAGGUGGGGAUUUGAUUUUCUGAAUCACAAAAAACAAAUAAUUGUUUCCUGAAAAAGUUUUCUUCCUUUUUAAAAAUCUUUCAUGAUUGAAUUUCAAGGCAUAUAUAGGAGUACGUGUAGAGCCAUGUGAAUUGUAGGCACCCAGGGAUGGGAAGCAAAACCUUUUCCACAAUCAUUCUCUUAAAUUUUCUUUUCUCUCGGCCUUUUCGCCAUUAAAAAGUCUUCUCUCAUUCAUCCUCUUCUCGUCGUUUUCAAUCAUCUCUGCUUCUCUCUCUCUCUCAAGUCAUUUCGAUCUUCAUCAUAUAGUUCGAUUUGUUCGUUCUUUGCAGUGAAGGUAAAAGGUCCACCAAUUGAGCAAGCUCUCUCUCUCUUCUCUGCUUCAUUUGAGAGAUGGAACAAUCAGAACAUGCACAAAAGCCCGCGUCCCUCUUACCACCACUGCCCAGAGACCAGCGAGGCUCACUGGAAGUGUUCAAUCCGUCCACUUACAAUUCCAGGCCCGCCAACCCGAGUUUGCGCUCGCAGCCCACGUGGCAGAGCUGGAUAGAGCCACGUGACAAUCCAGAGCUGGAGCAACCCAAGCUUUCCUCCAAGUCGGGUCGAGCAAACGCCGACGAAAUCACCUCAUGGAUGGCCCUCAAGGACCUCAUGAGUACUCCUCCACCGCCACCACAAUCGCCACCGUUCGUCCAGACGACCAUCUCGACGAUCAUGAACGAUCCAGAUGGUCAAAAGUCAGCGACUGCAUCUCCGUCACCGGGUCAAGUUGGCACCGCCGCUCAACGAGCAGCGGAAUGGGGACUAGUUCUCAAAACGGACAACGAAACUGGCAAGUUCAAAGGCGUUAAAGUGAGAAAUUCGGGAGAUGACCCGAAUAACAAACCCGGGAGCUCAACAAGGAACUCGGGUAACUCGAUGCGGAGCUCCGGUGACUUAUCGGAUGAUGGGGGAGGCAAGGAAAGAGGAGGUCUGAGAGUAUCCGAGGACAUAAAAGAUGCAUUAUCGACUUUUCAACAGACAUUCGUUGUUUCGGAUGCUACCAAACCCGACUACCCGAUCAUGUAUGCAAGUGCGGGCUUCUUUAAGAUGACUGGUUAUACAUCAAAAGAAGUAGUCGGCAGAAACUGUCGGUUUUUACAGGGUGCAGGAACCGACCCGGAAGAUGUGGCAAAGAUCCGGGAAGCACUGCAGGCCGGGAAGAAUUACUGUGGGAGGUUACUGAAUUACAAGAAAGACGGGACCCCUUUUUGGAAUCUUCUCACAAUAGCUCCUAUCAAGGACGAAACUGGAAAAGUACUCAAAUUUAUAGGAAUGCAAGUGGAGGUAAGCAAGCAUACAGAAGGGUCCAAGGACAAGGCGGUCCGUCCCAAUGGGCUGGCUGAAUCUUUGAUUCGAUAUGAUGCUCGUCAGAAGGAGAUGGCUACGAGUUCAUUGACUGAGCUAGUGCAUGCUGUGAAGAGACCACGGGCACUCAGUGAAUCAAUGAAUCGACCCUUCAUGAGGAAAUCAGGAGGAGGCGGUGAACAAGAAAGAUCUGAAGCGCUAGGGAGGCGAAACUCAGAGAAUAUUCCUCCUGCUAGACGGAAUUCACUCAGUGGUACAAGAAAAUCAAUGCAGCGAAUCAGCGAGUUGCCUGAAAAAAAACAUAAAAAAACUGGCCGACUUUCUUUCAUGGGGAUUAUGAAGAAAAGUCGUCCUAGUGCUCAUGAGAAGGAGGAGGAGUUGUUUGAUACUGAAGAUGUUGUGGAUGAUGAUGAUGAGAGCGAGGAUGAUGAGAGGCCUGAUGACAAAGUAAGGCAGAAGGAAAUGAGAAAGGGUAUUGACUUGGCUACAACACUUGAACGUAUAGAGAAAAAUUUUGUCAUUACCGAUCCUAGGCUGCCUGAUAAUCCAAUUAUUUUUGCAUCGGAUAGCUUCUUGGAGCUGACAGAGUAUAGUCGAGAAGAAAUCUUAGGAAGAAAUUGCAGGUUUCUUCAAGGCCCCGAAACUGAUCCAGCUACUGUGAGGAAAAUUAGAGAUGCAAUUGAUAAUCAAACAGAUGUUACCGUGCAGCUCAUUAACUACACCAAGACUGGCAAAAAGUUCUGGAAUUUGUUUCAUCUGCAGCCUAUGCGUGACCAAAAGGGGGAAGUACAGUACUUUAUUGGGGUACAACUGGAUGGCAGUGAACAUGUCGAACCACUUCAGAACUGUAUUCCCGAGACUACAGCACAAGAGAGUGCAAAACUGGUGAAAGAAACUGCUGAAAAUGUUGAUGAUGCGGUUAGGGAACUUCCGGAUGCCAAUAUGAAACCAGAGGAUUUAUGGAGUAAUCAUUCAAAAUUAGUUCACCCGAAGCCCCAUAGGAAGGACAGUUCACCUUGGAGAGCUAUUCAAAAGAUUCUAGAUAGUGGGGAACAAAUAGGCUUGAAGCAUUUUAAGCCAAUAAAGCCCCUGGGAUCUGGUGAUACGGGCAGUGUGCAUUUGGUGGAACUGUGUGGAACUGACGAAUACUUUGCAAUGAAAGCCAUGGAUAAGAAUAUUAUGCUCAACCGUAACAAGGUGCAUAGAGCUUGUGCAGAAAGAGAAAUCCUGGACAUGUUAGAUCACCCUUUUCUUCCUGCAUUGUAUGCUUCAUUUCAGACCAAAACACAUAUUUGUCUCGUAACGGAUUACUGCCCUGGUGGAGAGCUCUUCGUGCUUCUGGACAGACAGCCUAUGAAGGUUUUGAAGGAAGAUGCUGUAAGAUUCUAUGCUGCAGAAGUAGUAAUUGCCUUGGAAUACCUUCACUGUCAAGGUAUAAUUUAUAGGGACUUAAAGCCUGAAAAUAUUUUACUCCAGAACAAUGGGCAUGUGUCCCUGACAGAUUUUGAUUUGUCCUGUUUGACAUCAUGCAAGCCACAGCUUUUGAUUCCAGAGAUAAAUGAAAAGAAAAAGCAUCACAAACGUCAACAAAAUCCAAUCUUUAUGGCUGAACCAAUGCGAGCUUCAAACUCUUUUGUAGGAACUGAGGAGUAUAUAGCUCCGGAAAUCAUAACAGGAGCAGGCCAUACUAGUGCGGUGGACUGGUGGGCCCUUGGCAUUCUUCUAUAUGAAAUGUUUUAUGGAUAUACGCCGUUUAGGGGAAAGACGAGGCAAAAGACAUUUGCCAACAUUCUGCAUAGGGAUCUUAAGUUUCCAGGAAGUGUAUCGGUAAGUCUUCAAGCAAAGCAGUUGAUGUAUCGAUUGUUACAUAGAGAUCCCAAGAACAGACUGGGUUCACGUGAAGGAGCAAACGAAGUGAAGAAACACCCUUUCUUUCGGGGUAUCAAUUGGGCUCUAGUUCGUUGCAUGAACCCUCCUAAGCUUGAUGCUCCUCUUUUUGGGACAAAUGAAGAUGAAAAGGAAGUUAAAGUUGAUCCUGGACUAGAGGAUUUACAAAAAAAUGUUUUCUAAGAGGAACUGUAUACAAACAUGCGUUUAUUGUUCAGGGACACACAAUGAGAGGACCAGUCAGAGCGUUUCUACAGGUCCAUGAAUUAGAAGAAUACAUUGGUUUUGUAUGUUUUUAAGCAUCUGAAUUUACAUUUAUAGCUGAGCUUUGUAGGUCUUGCAGCCAAAAGGCAAUAAAGGUUCUUGGUCAUGUCCUGUUUAUUUGUAUGCAAAGUUUGAUGUUAUGUAAUCUAUGUUCUCAUUCAUGUUUGAGAUGUUCUGUUAAUAAAUUAGUUUGUGAAA